CAACUAUUACCUAAAAGUAAUCAGGUGGCGAGCGAACGCUCCGCUCGCCACCGAGCCCGAAGCGUGGCGAGCGUACUUUUCGGGUACCCUGUUCGCCCGUAGCUCCUCCCCCUGGUGACGUGUCUCCUCCCCCAGGUACGUCAGAAGGUCCCUUCUCCCACUCCGAUAUAGAAUCAACCGUAUGAUAUAUAUGUUGCUGUAGAUAGGUGGCCAUGUUUCUGUAGACCAGAGGUGAAAGGCACUAUUGUACAGACGUGUACUUAAUUUCACGUUACUUUAAGUAAAGAGCAGAUACUGCUUGAGCUGCUGCCAAUACCUCGCUGGUCUCCCAGGUAGUCUACUUCUGGAUCAAAGCGGGAGGUAAAAAACGAUGAGCGGCGGCCAUUUUGCUGUAGCCCAAACGGAAGACAGCAAUUUAACACAGUUGUCUCCUAUCGUCCUAGCGCAUGUGAUAUUCAAUGCAAACGCCCACAGAUAAAGAAAUACGGCCGGGGACCAGGAUAAUAGUCACAGAUUGGUGCAGCAGGGAAUGUCCUGAGGAGUGAAAAAUUAUACGAUGGAGAAAUACAGGAAUGAGAUGACUGAAAGGAUAUUGAAUCUCACCCUGGAAAUCAUUUACCUGCUGACUGGGGAGGCUUACACAAUAGUGAAUGAAACAACAGGUGAGCGUGUGACACCCAGAAUCCACCCCUCUGUGUCAGAAGGACAGACCAGGACCCAAAGCCCCAUCAUGGUGCCUCCACCUCACUCAAUGAUACAUGACAGAGACAAUGAGCAGAAGAUCCUGGAACUCACCAACAAGAUCAUUCAGCUGCUGACUGGAGAGGUUCCUAAAAGGUGUCAGGAUGUCACUGUCUAUUUCUCCACGGAGGAGUGGGAAUAUAUAGAAGGACACAGGGAUCUGUACAAGGAUGUGAUUAAUGAAAAUCAGGAGACACUGUCAUCACCGAAAGUUCGGAUAAAUUAUGAAGCAGAAUAUACAUCAUCACAUAUUAAGGAGGAACUGGUCUCAAGUGAUGGAGACCUCACAGACACUGACAUGUAUACACCCACAGGUCAUACACAGUAUACAUCUACUCUUAUUAAGGAGGAACCAGUCUCAUGUGACGGAGGAGACCUCACAGACACUGAUAAUUAUACUCCCACAGAUUGUACACAGUAUACAGCUACUCAUAUUAAGGAGGAACCAGUCUCAUGUGAUGGAGGAGACCUCACACACACUGACAUGUAUACACCCACAGAUCAUACACAGUAUACAUCUACUCAUAUUAUGGAGAUAUCUGAUAAAGGAAAAUGUACUGAUACCAGUAUUACAGGUCACAUUAUUACAGCUCAAACAGUAGAAAAGAACUUGGACAACACAUUGAACGAAAUUGAAAUCAUUUACCAAAAUCCUGCACCGUCCACAAUUGGCGACAUCUCAUAUCUCACUGAGUAUCAGAGAGCUCACUCUAAAAAGAAGAUCCCACAAUGCUCGGAGUGCGGAGAAUAUUUUUUGAGAAAAGACCAACUUGCCGCCCACCAAAGAACUCACACCAGACAGAAUUUAUAUGAAUGCUCCGAGAGCGGGAAAAGUUGGCCGGAUAAGGCCAAACUAGUUGUACAUAAAAGAAGCCACACUGAAGAGAAGCUGUUACCUUGCCCCGAUUGCGGGAAGCGGUUUCUGUGCAAUAGUCACCUUGUUAUCCAUCAGAAAACGCACACAGGAGAGAAGCCAUUUGAAAGCAGUCAGUGUGGAAAGAUCACUGCUUCUGAUACAUCCACAGAUUGUACGGAGACAAAAUGUUCAUCUAAUGAAGCGGAACAUGCACAAAAAGUGUAUAAACGUGAGCAGAUAUGUCAAAAAUAUCCAUUAUUAUACAAAGGAAAUAUAGACGCAGACGUCUACGCACUGAUCAAACAUGCACAUACAAAAUAUUCAUUUACUCGAAUUGAGGGUUUCACAGCAAAUGAAGAUGAGCGUGUUCCCUACACUGACAUGUAUACCCCAACUGAUCACCCACUGUGUACCUCUACUCAUACUACGGAGGAACCAGUCUCAUGUGAUGGAGGAGACCUCACACACACUGACAUGUAUACACCCACAUAUCGUGCACCGUAUACAUUUAAUCAUGUUAAGGAGAUAUCUGAUAAAGUAAAAUGCACUGAUGCCAGUAUUGAUUUAGUUACAGGCCACGUUAUUACAGCUCAAACAGUAGAAAAGAACUUGGACAACACACUGAACGAAAGUAAAAUCAUUCACCAAAAUCCUGCACCGUCCACAUUUGGCGACAUCUCAAAUCUCACUAAGUAUCAAAGAGCUCACUCUAAAAAGAAGACCCCACAAUGCUCGGAGUGCGGAGAAUAUUUUCUGAGAAAAGACCAACUUGCCGCCCAUCAAAGAACUCACAACAGACAGAAUCUAAAUGAACACUCCGAGCGUAGGAAAUGUUGGCCGGAUAACGGCAAAAUAGUCAUACAUAAAGGAAUCCACACUGAAGGGAAGCUGUUCCCUUGCCCUGACUGCGGGAAUCGGUUUCUGUGCAGUAGUCACCUUGUCAUCUGAAAAAAUAGGAUUUUGGUACCUACCGGUAAAUCCUUUUCUCGUAGUCCGUAGAGGAUGCUGGGGUCCACAUUAGUACCAUGGGGUAUAGAUGGGUCCACCAGGAGCCAUUGACACUUUUUAACAGUUUAAGAGUGUGGGCUGGCUCCUCCCUCUAUGCCCCUCCUACCAGACUCAGUCUAGAAACUGUGCCUGAGGAGACAACAUACUUCGAGAGAAGGACUUAACACAGAUAGUGGUGAAAUUCAUACCAGCUCACACAUACAAGGCACGUCAAGUCAACUAGCUUGAACUAAUCAGCAAACGGCUGAAACAUUACUUACUCGGUAAUUAUGCAGUACGCAACUAAACGAAGUGGUACUGAACCAAAUAUAUGCAGGAAAACGAAGCGCUGGGCGGGCGCCCAGCAUCCUCUAUGGACUACGAGAAAAGGAUUUACUGGUAGGUACCAAAAUCCUAUUUUCUCUAACGUCCUAGAGGAUGCUGGGGUCCACAUUAGUACCAUGGGGAUGUACCAAAGCUCCCAGAAUGGGAGGGAGGGUGCGGAGGCUCCUGCAGAACUGAUUGACCGAACUUCAGAUCAUCAGAGGCCAAAGUAUCAAACUUGUAGAACCUUGCAAACGUGUUCGACCCAGACCAAGUUGCCGCUCGGCAAAGCUGCGUUGCCGAGACACCCCGGGCAGCCGCCCAGGAAGACCCGACCUUACGAGUAGAGUGGGCCUUAACAGAUUUUGGGCACGGCAGUUCUGCCGUAGAAUAGGCAUGCUGGAUAGUGAACCUGAUCCAGCGAGAAAUAGACUGCCUAGUAGCAGGACACCCAAUUUUCUUGGGAUCGUAUAGGACAAACAAAGAGUCCGACUUCCUGUGACGAGAAGUUCUCUUCACAUAAAUCUUCAGAGCCCUCACGACAUCCAAGGACUUUGAAGUAAUCGGGGAGUCAGUAGCCACUGGCACCACAACAGGUUGGUUGAUAUGAAAUGCCGACACAACCUUUGGAAGGAACUGCUGACGAGGCCGGAGCACAGCUCUAUCCUCAUGGAAGAUCAAUUAAGGGCUUUUGCAUGACAAAGCCCCCAGCUCAGAGACACGCCUAGCAGAAGCUAAGGCCAACAAAGUGACCGCCUUCCAUGUAAGAAAUUAGAGCUCCACCUACUGUAGAGGCUCAAACCAAUCCGACUAGAGAAACUGCAACACCACGUUAAGGUCCCAUGGCGCCGUAGGCAGUACAAAGGGAGGAUGGAUAUGCAGAACUCCCUUCAAAAAGGUCUGAACCUCAGGGAGGGCAGCCAAUUGUUUCUGAAAGAAAAUGGACAGGGCUGAAAUCUGGACCUUCACAGAUCCCAAUCUCAGUCCCAUAUCGACUCCUGCCUGCAGGAAGAGGAGGAAACGUCCCAGUUGAAAUUCCACCGCAGGAAACUUCUUGGACUCACACCAAGAGACAAAUUUCUUCCAAUUACGAUGGUAAUGUGUAGACGUUACCCCUUUCCUAGCCUGUAUGAGGGUAGGAAUCACUUCUUUCGGAAUACCCUUCCGAGCAAGAUUCAGACGCUCAACUUCCAUGCCGUCAAACGUAGCCGCGGUAAGUCUUGAUAGGCGAACGGACCCUGCUGCAGCAGGUCCUACUGAAGAGGAAGAGGCCUCUGCUCUUCUUGCAGUAGAUCCAGAAGGUCCGCAUACCAAGCCCGUCUUGGCCAGUCUGGGGCAAUGAGGAUCGCUUGAACCCUUGUGCUCCUUAUGAGCUUUAGGAUUCUUGGGAUGAGUGGGAGUGGUGGAAACCCGUACACUGACUGGAACACCCACGGAGACCCACUGCCUGUGGGUCCCUCGACCUGGAACAAUAACGCUGAAGCUUCUUGUUGAAACGAAAGGCCAUCAUGUCUAUUUGGGGUAGACCCCAAAGAUCUGUUACCUCCUUGAACACUUCCGGAUGGAGGCCCCACUCUCCUGGAUGGAGACUGCUGAGGAAGUCUGCUUCCCAGUUGUCUACUCCCGGAAUGCAGAUGGCUGACCGCGCCAACGCGUGCUUUUCCGUCCAGAGGAGUAUUCUGGUGAACCUCUGACAUCGCUGCUCUGCUCUUCGUUCCGCCCUGUCGGGUUUAUGUAAGUCACUGUAGUUACGUUGUCCGGCUGUACUUGAAUGGCCCUGUUUCUUAGAAGAUGGGCCGCCUGAAGAGGACCGUUGUAGACAGCUCAUAGUUCCGGAAUGUUGAUGGGCAGGCCGGCUUCCAGGCUCGACCAUCUUCCUUGGAAGGUCACCCCUAGAGUGACUGCUCCCCAGCCUCGGAGGCUCGCAUCCGUCGUUAGCAGGACCCAGUCCUGAAUUCCGAACCUGCUGCCUUCCAGGAGAUGAGGCAAUUGGAGCCACCAGAGGAGUGAUAUCCUUGCCCUUGGCGACAGACGAAUUCUCUGAUGCAUGUGGAGGUGAGAACCCGACCACUUGUCCAGGAGGUCCAGUUGGAAGGUCCAAGCAUGAAACGUCCCGUACUGGAGAGCCUCGUAGGAGGCCACCAUCUUUCCCAAUAGGCGAAUGCAUUGAUGAACUGACACUGACCAUGAUUGGAUCACCAACGCCUUGUCCCGUGGAAAGAGCUCCCGCUGUACUUCCGUAUCCAGGAUCAUUCCCAGAAACGACAAUCUCCGAGUCGGUUCCAAAUGUGACUUUGGAAAAUUCAGAAUCCACCUGUGACUCUGAAGCAGCCGUGUUGUGAGAACAACGGAUUGCAGCAACCUUUCCCUGGACAAUGCCUUUAUCAGGAGAUCGCCCAGAUAAGGAAUGAUGUUCACGCCCUGUUUUCGGAGUAGCAUCAUCAUCUCCACUAUCACCUUGGUAAACACCCUUGGUGCUGUGGAGAGGCCGAACGGCAGAGCCUGGAACUGAAAAUACAGUCCAGCAACGCGAAUCGGAGAUAAGCCUGAUGCGGUAGCCAGAUCGGAAUGUGAAGGUACGCAUCCUUGAUAUCCAGGGAUACCAGGAAUUCCCCCUCUUCCAGACCUGAUAUCACCACCCUGAGAGACUCCAUUUUGAACUUGAACUCCCUUAGAAAGGGGUUCAGUGAUUUUAGGUUCAGGAUGGGCCUGACCGAACCAUCCGGUUUCGGUACCACGAAAAGGUGCGAAUAGUAACCCUUUGUCAGCAUGUGCGGGGGUACUGGCACAAUGACUUGUGUCUCUACCAGCCUUUGAACAGCCUCUUGUAGCACUGUGCUGUCCUCCAACAGAGUUGGUAAGCCCGACUUGAAAAAACGAUGAGGAGGGAGAAAUUCCAGCCUGUAUCCCUGAGAGACAACAUCCACCACCCAGAGAUCCAGCGCGGAGAAGACCCAGACAUGACUGAACUGUCUGAGUCUCGCUCCCACGGGCCCCACCACCGGGCCGUCCCGUCCACCGUCAUGCGGAGGACUUAGGGGUACCUGAAGCAGGCUUUUGCUCUUGGGAACCUGCAGCGGCAGGUUUCUUGGACUUAACCUUACCUUCCCUGAAGAAAGUACCGGAUGAUUUGGCCUUUCUGGGCUUGCUGGGCCGAAAGGACUGCUGCGAAGCUGAGGAGAAGGACCUCUUCGGAGCAGGAGCUGCUGAGGGAAGAUAUGGAGACUUACCCACUGUAGCGGGAGAUAUCCACGCGUCUAGGGCUUCCCCAAAGAGAGCUUGACCUGUAUAGGGCAGCGACUCCACACUUUUUCUGGAUUCUGUGUCGGCCGACCACUGACGGAGCCACAGUCCCCGACGAGCUGAAACAGACAUGGAAGAAAUUCCCGCAGCCAUGGAACCCAGGUCUUUCAUUGAUUCUACCAUGAAAUCUGCAGAAUCAUGAAUGUUGCGUAAAUACAAUGCAACAUCAUCCCUAUCCAUCGUAUCCAAAUCCUCCAUCAAGGCAGCCGACCACCUCACUAUAGCCUUAGCAAUCCAAGCACUAGCAAUAGUGGGACGUAAUAUAGCCCCUGAAGCAGUGUACACUGAUUUUAGCGUAUUAUCAAUUUUUCUAUCCGCCAGCUCCUUUAAGGCAGUAGAUCCCGGGUACCGGUAAAACCACCUUUUUUGAGAGUCUAGAUACAGAUGCGUCAACAAUUGGCGGGUUUUCCCACUUUUUCCUAUCCUCCUCAGGGAAAGGAAAAGCUACCAGAAUCCUCUUAGGGAUCUGAAACUUCUUUUCAGGUUUUACCCAGGCCUUUUCAAAUAUAGCAUUCAGCUCUUUUGACGCAGGGAAGGUUAGUGAGGCUUUCUUGUUUUCCGUGAAAAAAGCCUCCUCAACCUGCUCAGGUGUGGUAUCAUUAACAUUUAACACAUCCCUGAUAGCCUCUAUCAACAACUGCACCCCUUUUGCAAGAGAUGCGGACCCCUGCAAUACAUCCCCAUCACCAUCUGUAGUGUCAGAAUCGGUAUCCGUGUCGUCUUGUGUUACCUGCACAAGCGCACGUUUGUGGGGGUAUAUAGAGGGGUGACCUGAGGUACCUGACAAGGGCCACACAGUCAUAGAGGACUGCAAUACCUGGGUUGCCGACUCAUUACUGGAAACCCUGUCAGAAAUUUGAGUUAUCCAAGUCCUGAUAGAGGAAAACCACUCUGGUUCCCUUGCUGGAAUCUGUGCUAAACCAGUGCUAUCUUGAUUACAUGGAAUGGGAUCACCCCCCCCCCCCCCCCCCCCCCAAGAAUGGCAAGAGAGACAGAGAUUGGAGCCAACCCACACCAGCGCUUAACAACAGGAGAAAAGCCCCUUACCAGCGCUGACUUGUGCACCUUAAUAGGACACAGAGUCAAACAAUUAGCCUCCCCUCCCUUCUACAACCCCCUGGUACAGUAAUCUGGAGCUGCUGUGGAGGGACCAGGAUCUUCCUUCAGCAAACAGCAUGCAGGAAAAUGGCGCUGGAAUGCUGCAGGGUCCGCUCUGAGGAGAAGCUUCGCCCCCUUCAUGGCGCUGUCUUCCCACUCAUCUGAGUUUGAAAAUGGUCUGAGGAGUUGUGCUGGCUGGGAUCACUGGGGCCCGACAGGCUUGCUGACCAAUAGUGAGGGGUAGGCGCUGGCCCAGGGCUCCCCUCACAGCGCCCCACAGUGUGCCUCUGGAACCAUCUCCAACCACUCUUGCCGCCAUCUUCACACCGGCACCCAGCUUGCUAGGGGGGUCGGUGACUAACUCACCACUUGCUUCAGCUCUUUAAGGGGGUGGCAGCAUGCUGCUGGGGUGAGCGGUUCCCCUGCGGCGGAGACCGAUCAGCCCCUCUGGAGCUCAGUGUCCAGUCAGCGGAGUCAGUGGCUCAGACCCCGCACUGCUCACCCCCCCCUCAGUCCCACGCUGCAGGGAGGCUGUUGCCAGCAGUCUCCCUGUAAAAUAAAAAACUUUAAAACUAAACUUUAAUAGUAAAGCUCAGGGGAGCUCCCCUAGCUGUGACCGGCUCCUCCGGGCACAUUUUCUAAACUAAGCCUGGUAGGAGGGGCAUAAAGGGAGGAGCCAGCCCACACUCUUAAACUCUUAAAGUGCCAAUGGCUCCUGGUGGACCCGUCUAUAACCCAUGGUACUAAUGUGGACCCCAGCAUCCUCUAGGACGUUAGAGAAAGGAGAGUUUAUUUUUCCCUCCUCAUAUUGGCCCUCAUUCCGAGUUAAUCGCUAGCUGCCGUUGUUUGCUGCUUAGUGAUCAUUAAAAAGAAUUGUCAAAACUACGCAUGCGUAUGAGCCGCAAUGCGCACACGCGUCGUAUGGGCACAAAGAGCAUCAAUGUUUUGCACUGCUUCUAGCGACGAUUCCAUUCGCAUAGCCGAACGCAAGAAGAUUGACAGGACGAGGGCAUUUAUGGGUGUCAACUGACCGUUUUCAGGGAGUGUUUAGGAAAACGCAGGUGUGUCCAGGCGUUUGCAGGGCGGUUAUCUGUCAUCAAUUCCAGGACCUUCGUCGCAGCAAUCAUCGCACAGAAUAAGUAACUACAGGGCUGGUCUUGUUUUGCACAAAAUGUUUUUGUACCGCUCGGCUGCACAGGCGUUUGCACUCUUGCAAAGUGAAAAUACAGUCCCUCGUGUGCGGCGACUAUGCGUUUGCACGGCUGCUAAAAACUGCUAGCGAGCGAUCAACUCCGAAAGAGGGCAUGUACUAUUUUAUACCAUGCUCGAUACGCAUUGGUCUGUGACAGGUGGAUCAAAGGACGAAGUGGAUGAAACGCUAUACCUUGUUGUUCAGUACUUGAGUAGAGUCCCAGGAUAUCCGGAAUCCGGCACUCACAUUUAGACCUACAUGCUCUUGUUGCAUCUCCAUCUGGUAAACGCCUCCAUUUCUUACCUUAUUUUUUAAUCGCUUUAUAUGUCAUUGUUUAUGGAAUAAAUUUUGUAUACGGAAUCCCACUA